AUGCCCUUACGGCUUCAGUCGUGCUGUCUUUUUUGUCACGGACAUUUGCUGGCCCCAGCUGUGUUUGCAAUACUCUUGUCAGACCUCUGUGUGCAGGUCAGUCGGGAGGUGUACCGAAGGAACGGCUUCCUCGUUGGCCGCACACAGGCCCCGAUACGAUCAAAGUCUUUGUCGCUUCAGAGCAUACUCUUUGCUGGAGAGGUGAUGAAAGCACCUCCAAUAACUGCGAUGAGGAAGAAGCCUCGCCAGUAUGAGAUGGCAUGGAAGACUCUGCCAGAGCGAAGGUUCGUUUUCGAUCCGAAAAGCUCCCUUCCUGUUCCACGAGGUGGCUGGGAUAUGCAUGACCCCAGCUGGCCAGACAUCUUUCCAACCGGACGGCGCGGAUUGGCGCCACUGCCCUUCGAGCAGCAAGCAGCAGAGGCGCGACUGUUUUGGCCACCAUUCGAUUGCAUGACCACAGCUCGAAAUGUGGUCAACAUGGCCUGCAAGCCGCUGCACAGGCGGUGGUUUCCGGAGCAGUUUCGCACCCCACAGUGCCCGCGUUGGGAGACGCUGUUUGCUGACCCAUGCCCCUCUAGCUGCUCCCGACGCUUCAGGUCCUCUCCACCAUCACCACCAGAGGAAAGGCAGAAGCGUGGCGCAUUCCAGGACGUGAUUGUGCAUCUGCUGCACUCCGGCCGAGCCAACGUGAUGGAGGAGCUUUAUCAAGUGGUCUGCGACUUCUUUGCCAGUCAGGGCCGUCAAGCAGCUAUUUCAGCUUCCCUGAGGCAAAUGCGCGAGGAUCAGGACCUCAAUCGCUUCAGAGCGAAACUUCGGAAGAUCUUGGCGCAGCACCUGAGUCCGGGAUCACUGAGUUCCAUCGUGGAUGCAGACCAUCUAAACGUGGAGGAGAUGCAGGCCCAUCUUUACGAUGCGCUGAGUCAGGAUGUUGACCUCGAGAUGGACAUGGGUGAACACGGAGGUACAUCUGGGUACUCGGAUAUGUUGCGGAUGAUGAGCGUGCAGCAGCAACGACCGCCGCAAGGAACGGAGGAGCGACCUUUGCAUGAGCGUCGGGUUAUGGACGUGCAGAUAGGUACCAUGGAAGAAGAUGCGUCAUGGAUUUCCGGUGACCUUCGAAGGCGAACCAGAGUCUUCAACAAUAACCAGGAGAAGCUGCUCUUCUUCCUCUCAGAGGAGGUGACCCGAACUCCCGCCGUCUUUGAGCAGGCGCAGAAGAACAGAGAUGCUCACCAAAAGAGGCUUAAUGAGAUGCUGGAAGAAACGCUGCGGCAAAUUAAGAAAUGCCGGGCACAUAUGCAGCAGAAGAAGAAACACGUUAUGGACACGACGAAGUCCUACACAGCAAAGUUUGACCACGAGCUCGCUGGUGCAGAGCGGGGUCUUCGCCGCGACUUGACCGAGGCUUUUGCCAGGAUGAAUGCCGUGGUGGAUGAGUUGGGAGUACGCAUGACUGAUGCAGAGGCGGCUCUCGUGCAGCAGCGAGAGGACCGCAAGCGGCAUAUCGAGUCUACCCUCGGCCCAAUCCGGGAUGAGUCACAACGGCUGUUCGAUGCCUUAGCAGCUGAGACCCGGGAAAGGCAGCUGCAAGAUCACAAGCGGGAGAAGAUUCUGGAGGAUGAGGUUGUGGAAAUCAACAAACUCAUCGACGAAGAGAAGUUUGAGCGUGAGCAGCAGUUGAUGACGUAUGAGCGAUGGGCAGAUGCAAUGCAGCAGCAGAUCGCGAAGAGCCAGUACCAACUCGAGAAGCAAGUGCGGGAUGUCACCAAAGAUAUCCGCACUGAGCAUCAGGGACAAGCCAAGAGUCGUGUCGAAACACAGCACGCUAUCGUUGACAGCAUUGCCUCCUUUAUACAUAAAUAUCGUGAGCAACUUGACAAGGAUGUUUCUUUGCAAAAUAUGUACAAGGUUUCCUGGACUCAUCCGACCGACGAGCCAACUCACGCACCAGACGCGUCGAAAAGCAUCUUGCUCAGCAACUUGCCGCUGACCGUGACUGAGUCUGAUGUUCGUGCAGUACUUUCCAACGGCUGUGGAGAAGUCCAAGAUGUGGAAAUGUGUGACGGCAUGGAAGACUGGAUGGAGUCCAUCCGCAGACCCGACGGCGGCCUCGACAGUGAGUCGACAGCGGAGGAUACCGCCAACUGCAGCGUGAGCAAAGCUGCGUCACCGUAUACUUUGCGCUACGCCCUUGUGGAAUUUCAGGACCUGAAUGCAAAGCGGCGCGCUACAAGGAAGCUGCCACGAUUGAACGGGAUCUUGUUCAAGGAGGUGCUGCGACUCAAGAAGAGGAAGACCUGGAAGGAUCAUAUCGUAGCUCGCCCAGCCUUCCCCCAGGAUGCCCGUUGGAAGAGAUCGCUCAUUCUGCGCGAUCUGCCACGCUUGCAGCCGAGCGAGGUCCUUGGGCACGUGGCAGCUGGACUGUCUGCGAACGGGAAGCAAUGUCGGCUCGAGCUGCUCAAUUGCGCAGCUUUUGUUCAGAAACUGAGCAUCUUGCAGCGCUUCAUUGUCGAGGGCAAGGAUGGCAACGUCGCUGCCGAUGCCGGGUCCGCUCCAGGUGAUAGCUCCAGUCAGACUGAGCUCCAGAACUCGUCGAACCCUACAUGGGCGGGACAGGGCACUGCACUGGUCCUGCGCUUUGCAUGCUUCGAGGCCAACAGCCUUGCCGCACAAUUCAGCAGGAUGCCCACUCCCACUCAUGGACACUUGCUGAUCCGCCCAGCUCCGUGUGCCAUGACUGUCAGAUGGUUUCCUGGUAGUGGAGUUCUGGGAGGGCUCCAAAGAGGGAUGUCAAUCUCCGGCCGGCCACAGGACCUAGUUACGGUGUCCCUCGAGUCGGUGGAGACGAGCAGCCGAAAACAUGUUCGAGACUGUCUGCGCGACGUGCCCUUUGCAGACUUUCGGCAGCCCUUUGGUUCCAACACCUCCGACGAAGCCAAGAUCGAAAGACACCGGCCUGGGGUGGCCUCUGCUGGUGAUACGCCGCGUUGGCGUGCAGGCCUGCUGAAGUCAUUCAACUUGUCGCUGGAGUUUCCAGAAAGCCUUGGCACCCCGACCGACUUGAUCUCAGGAGAUUCGUAUCUCUCUCGAGGUCCCCGCCACAGCAAGGACGAGGGUUCAGGCAAGCGGCGGGUCCAGUCCGUUCAAGGUGCUGUCUCCACCGGCUUACCAAGCAUUUCGGAAGACGUUCGUCGGACUGGAAGGAAGAAGGGUGCUUUGAGUGUUGAUGGGGCAGUCGAUAUUCCGGAUGUUGUUCGACCUGGCAGUGCCAGCGACAACUCUCUAAGUCUGGUCUCGCCGCGCCAGAGACCAUCAACCAGUGGGGGAGAAGACGGGCGCCGCGUCCAUGACGCAGUUCUGCUCAGCUCGAACGGAGAACCAGGUAGUGGCGGCGCCAGUGUUUUUUCCAGCGCAGAAGCAGACUGGAGGCCAGCAUCAUCGCACAUGAGAACAUCCUUGCUGGCCAAAGUUCUUCGGCCAUACACGGAAGGUAGUUCGCACUUGGACACAGUGGAGAACAUGGAGGUUUCUCAGGACGACGACGAGAACUUGCGCACAGAGAGCACGAGGACUCUGCGAGAAGAGUCUGACCAACAAUCCAGAAAGUUAAAGGUGAGGAAGGCUUGCACCUACGAUGCGAAUUUUGACCGGAAGCAGAAAGCAGUCGUCAACAUCCUUUUGGGUGAUGAGAGAGCGGUGGCCGUCAAGGACCAUCCAUCUCAAAGCGAUGUUGGCAAGAGGCGGCAGGACGCCGCCGCGCGGUCGAGGAGGCUGAAGGCGAUGUUGUCUGGGGCCGGGGAAGACGAUGAUCCUCCUGAAGCGAUGGAGGUCGCUUUUGCCCCGAGCACACCGCAGCCAGCUUUGGCCGAAGAAGCCUACUGGAAGACCCUUUGGGAGGCUUCGAGGUCAAUGAUGGAGGCAGAUUGCCCGGAGGUGUCAGCUGUGAAGAGCUCGGACUUGGCGGACUGGCAACUGCUGGAGCGAGGACUCGACGGUCCGAAACGAUGGCACAAUG